AUGUCAAACUUUGGGUUACAGGUUAGACAGACGGUGCCGGCGAUCGACCCGGUCGUCACCGACUACGCUAUUGGCUAUCUGGGCCAUCUUUUCCAGGCGACAGAGGACUCUGUUCUUGCGCAGCAAUUGGACAUCCCCAAGGAAACACAGUUUCUGAGCCAGCUCCUGGUCAGUGCUGGCGGAGAGUCGGACAAGGUGGACGGUCUCGCGGCGAAAGUGCAGGAGGCGCUCAAGAAACAGCUGGCAGACAACAUGGCCAAACUGGCGGUCACGGGAGACACGUCGAAACGGCUGCUGGACGUGGAUCUGAUCCAUAACCAGCAGCGUGAUCUGGACAGUUCUUUGGCUCUUUUGAACUCGACCUCUGAUAUUGCACAUACCGGCAGAAAUAUGGAGACGCGUGUGGACAAGAAGAAGCUGCAGAAGGCCGAGGCAAAGAUCGCCAAGAAGGUGGCCAAGCGCGCCAACAAGUUUGUCCAGUACGAAGCGUCCAAGCUGCUCAACGAGCAGACCAAGGACGACUACGACUCGUUCUUCCUCAAGGUGAAUCCUAUUGAUUUCGGCGCUGGGGCGGGCAAAUCCAAGGACAUCAAGGUCGAGAACUUCGAUCUGUACGUGGGAGCAGGAAAACGGAUUCUUUCCGACGCCUCGCUCACUCUGGCGUACGGCCGUCGCUAUGGUCUGGUCGGACAGAACGGUAUCGGUAAAUCGACGUUGCUGCGUGCUCUUUCGCGCAGAGAGCUGAACAUCCCCAAACACAUCACCAUCUUGCACGUGGAGCAGGAGCUGCGCGGAGACGAGACCACGGCGCUGCAGUCUGUGCUGGACGCCGACGUUUGGCGGAAACAGCUUUUGCACGAGCAGGCCAAGAUAGACGAGCGGAUCUCAGAGAUCGACAGGCUCAAGGCCGAGUUCGAGCCGGAGUCGCUCGAGGCGAAAAAGCUCGACAACGAGCAGAACGACCUGGCCGAGCGGCUCGAGGAGGUGCACGAGAAGCUGAGCGAGAUGGAGAGCGACCGUGCCGAGGGCCGUGCCGCGUCGAUUUUGUACGGCCUGGGAUUCAGCGAGGAGGCACAGCAGCAGCCAACCAACACGUUCUCCGGAGGAUGGCGGAUGCGGUUGUCGUUGGCUAGAGCGCUUUUCUGCAAGCCGGACCUGCUGCUUCUGGACGAGCCCACCAACAUGCUGGACGUGCCUUCGAGCACGUACCUGGCCCAUUAUCUGCAAACGUACCCUGCGACUGUGCUGGUUGUUUCUCACGACCGUGCGUUCCUGAACGAGGUGGCCACCGAUAUAAUUCACCAGCACUCUGAGAGACUGGAUUACUACCGAGGCGCGAACUUCGACUCGUUCUACAACACCAGGGAGGAGCGGCUCAAGAACCUGAAGCGCGAGUACGAGAACCAGAUGCAGUACAGACAGCAUCUGCAGGCGUUCAUCGACAAGUUCCGGUACAACGCUGCGAAGUCGUCCGAGGCGCAGUCGCGAAUCAAAAAGCUCGAGAAGCUGCCUGUGCUGGAGCCGCCGCAAGAGGAGAAGCAGAUCACGUUCAAGUUCCCGGAGCCAGACAAGAUCCAGCCGCCGAUUCUGCAGCUGAGCGGUGUCUCGUUCGGCUACGACCCCGAAAAACUGCUCCUGUCGGAUGUCGACCUGGACGUGCAACUGGACUCGAGAAUCGCGCUUGUUGGAGCCAACGGGUGCGGUAAAACGACGCUGCUGAAGAUCCUCAUGGGCGACAACACGCCGCUCCAAGGGUCUGUGACCAGAAACUCGCGGCUGCGGAUCGGCUACUUUGCGCAGCACCACGUCGACCAGAUGGACCUGAACCUGAGCGCUGUUAGCUGGCUGAGCACCAAGUUCCCUGGCAAGACCGACGAGGAGUACAGAAGACAUCUGGGGUCGUUUGGAAUCACGGGCUCGCUGUCUUUGCAGAAAAUGGAGUCGCUGUCCGGAGGACAGAAGUCCAGAGUGGCCUUUGCCUCGCUGUGUCUCAACACGCCCCAUAUUCUGAUUCUGGACGAGCCUUCGAACCAUCUCGACACGUCUGGACUGGACGCGCUGAGCGACGCGCUGAAGAACUUCAAGGGCGGAGUGCUGAUGGUGUCGCACGACGUCGCGAUGAUCAACAGCGUGUGCAACGAGAUUUGGGUCAGCGAGGACGGAACGGUCAAGCGGUUCGACGGCGACAUCUAUGCGUACAAGAAGUACAUUCUGGCGAAGGCCGACGCUUCGGGAGUGGUCAAGAGACACUGA